GUCUCCUCGACACAACACCGUACAAUGACACGCGCAUCGCUAAUCACCGGCGUGGCUGACCAUGUUCAGACCGAGUAUACCUUCUCGAACGCUCUUGGAUAAUACUCGACCGGUGACUGUGCGUUCGCAACAUCUACCGUGUCGGUUCUCCGCCCCGUCGACCAGGCCACAUCCACGCGCCGUACUGCUCCCAUUGCUUGGAACGUCGGCAACGCUGCGCAACAUGUCGUCUCCAGCGGACCACCAGCCUUUGAAGAAGCCAGCGAAAGAGCCUCCAGUCCCAAGGCCAAGCUCCAGCGUACUUCUCAUCUCCCCAACAAACCAAGUUCUCCUCCUUCACCGCGUCAAGAAGGCAUCCAGCUUUGCUUCCGCGCAUGUGUUCCCGGGCGGCGCAUUGUCCAAAACACACGACGGCGCCAUCCCCGACAUCAACGACCCAGGACGACACCAGGACGGCCCAGCGUACCGGCUCGCCGCGAUCCGCGAGACAUUCGAAGAGUGCGGUAUCCUGCUCGCCAAGAGCAAGGCCAGCGGAAAGCUAUUCACAGAAGUCAGCGACGAGGAGCGCGAACAGGCUCGUCGCGCCGUGCACUCCGGCAGCAUGAAGUUUACCGACUUACUCGACAAAUGGGGCGUGGUCCCCGACACAGAUGCCCUGAUCCCGUUCACGCGCUGGGUCACGCCGCCCAACGUGCCCAAGCGCUUCUCCACGCAGAUGUACAUCUACUUCCUGCCGCUCAACUCGCGCUCGCCGACUAAGAAGGCCGCGGACGCAGGCACCCCACCAGGUGCUGGCGUGGAGGAGGAAGACGAGCUCGUGAUCCCCAACCCCACCCACGACGGCGGCAUCGAGCACACGGCCGCGCGCUUUCUGCCGCCGAAUAAAUGGAUCGACCUCGCGCGACGUAACAGGAUCAUCCUCUUCCCGCCGCAAUUCUUCCUCACGCUCCUCCUCUCGCCCUACCUCAGCGCGAGCGUAACCUCGCCUUCAUCCCCCACCCCUUCUACUGCCGAGCUCGCGCAGGAGCGCGAGAAGCUCAUGGUCUUCCUCACCAAACCGCGUUCGUACGAGGGGCAAUCCGAAGUGCCGUUCAGCGAGGCGUGUAUCUCUCCCAUUGUCCUUGGAAAGGGCGAGUACGGCGAGAAAACGCAGGAUGGCGUUGGCGGCGUGGACAAGCACACCGCGGUGCUUGCGCUGGACCGGCCGGGGCGGGAAGUAGAAGCGCAGGGCCACGGGCGCCGGGGCAUCAGGGAGUGGGUUAUCACCACGAAAUUCAAGGGCGAGGGGCCGAGGGAUGUGGAUGUUAGGAGGAGGGAAGAGGUGCUUGGGACGGCGCGUGGGAAGGGGAAGCUUUGAGGCGACGGCAACACUAGCAGUAUGCUACUAGCAACGAACGAUGUCUAUUGGAAUUUAAACACAGGUGAGACGUUGCAUGUGGUCCCUACAUACGUGCUGGUUGAACAG